AUGAGCCUCAUGGAUUUUAGGGUCCAGAUGUACAUGAUGAAGAGGCUGUGGACUUAUAUGAAGCAGUAUGAGAAUACGGAGAGCUGGACUAAUAUUAUGAUUCUUCAGCUGAUGCACCAUAUGUUGGUUUUCCAGAGUAUGCACGAUUUUUUGGGUGGUGACAUUCCAGUUAUAUGCAUUGAUUGGGACAAGGAACUUGUGGAUGCAGCGAUGUAUUAUUUGGUCGAGCUGAGUGCUGAUAAAUGGACGAAGGAAGAAUGUGAGGCGAAAUCUAAUACUAGACUUUUCGAUCUAUGUGUUCGUGCCCUGUUGCUCAAUGAGGAGAUCAGCUACAUCCUGCCAUUCAUCAUUAUUUUAGAAGCUAGGAAGGAUGGCAAGGCUCAUGCGUUCUUCACUCAUCUAUCCUGCUGUCCACUGCCCUCCAUCCUCAACACCCUCCCAAAGCCUGCACUAUCGUAG